GAGUCAUUCAGAACUCUCAAUUAGUUUUCUUUAAUAAUUCUCCAUUAGAGUUUAGUCGUUUUCAAGAGGAGGAUAUUAGCUAGGGGUGUUGCUUUGCCUCGCCUCGCCUCAUCCCUCUGUAGGUAGUUGCUUAGUUUGUUUUGUGUGCUUGUUUUUUGUUUUACUGCUCUUUUUUCUUUUUCUUGGAUGUAUUCAUAUUCUUUUGGAUUAAAAAAAUAGUCAUAAAAGGGUAUAUGAUGUAGUUUUUGUGAAAAGUUGGGGGUAUAUGAUAAAUGUACAAAAGUUAAGAGGUAUAUGAUGAAUAAAUAAAAAACUUAAGGGUAUAUAUAUGGUGAAAAAAAAAGUAAGAAAAAGGCAAUUUUGACAUUUGCUACAAGUAAAAACACUACUCUUCACAUUUGCCACCUGUUAAUUUUUUUUUUUUUUUUACUUUGCUACCACCUAAAUCACAAUUUGUUAAAAAUUGCUACCACUUAACAGAAUCCAUUAAGAUUCCAUUAAGUAGGGCCCAAUAUUUAAUUAAAUAAUAAUUUAAUUUAUUUUAAAAAAACUAUAAAAAAAAUUAAAAUCUCGCCAAAAUAGCCCGCCAGCCACCACUCCCACCUCCGUUGCCAGCUGCCUGUAGCCCGUUAGUCACCGCUCUCCCUCCCACUCCGUGCUGGCUGUUCCCUCGGCGCCCACGACCCCAUGACCCUCCCUCCCACCUAAACACCACCCUUAAAACCGCCCUAAAGGAGUUUUAGGGCUUCGUUUUUAGGGUGGUAGUGUUGGUUGCGAUUGGCCGCAAUUUCCACCCUUAAAACCGCCCUUAAGGACCCCACGACCCUCUCUUUCCUAUGAUUUCCCACCGUUUUAGGGUGAUUGUUGUGAUUAGCCGCAAUUUGGUGACGGUGGUUGGCCGCGUUUGGCUGUUGUUGCUGCCGCAAUUUGCUGCCGUGGUGGUGAGACAUGGGAGGUCGUUGGUGGUUGAUUGUUGGUGGUAGCAGGGAGUAUUGGUGGCUGGAAGGAGGGAGGGGUGGCUAGAAGGUGGUUGGACGGUGGUUGAGCCCCACUAACGGAAAUAGUAACUGAAUAAUACAUGUGGUAGCAAUUUUUAACAAACUGUGAUUUAUGUGGUCGCAAAAUUAAAAAAAAAAAAAAAUUAAACAGGUAACAAAUAUGAAUAAUGGUGUUUUUCUUAGUAGCAGAUGUCAAAAUUUUCUUAAAAAAAAAAAACCUUUUAGAUAAAAUUCAAAAAAAAUAAGAAGCCCGCCUUUCUUUCUUUCACCUUAACUCAGACAAUCACUUUUACAACAAUCCAACCGGAAAACAGCGACAAUACGAUGACGAAAACCGACGGCGGCAGCAAAUUCAAAUCAGCAAGGAGGAAACCUCUGCGAGAUGUCUCUAAUGGCGGCUUCAAAUCCAUUAAUAAAUCCUCUAAAAAUCAAACUAAGUUGAAAAUGGCGGAAGAACUUCCUCCUCAUUCCCAAACUCAACAAUCAAACAUUGCCGAUCCACUUGAUCGUCUUCUCUUAGUUCAUUCCAAUAUUUCUUCUCUUCUUCGUCAGAUCGAUGAAAUUGUAGUCCAAGCAGUCAAAGUGGAUACAACUGACAAUGAAAAGAUUACAGAAAUUAAAUCCUUCAUAACAGUGCUGUCUGAAAUCCAUUCCUCUCUUAAGCCAUGGGUUCCUAGGCUUCAAAAGGCAAUUGAUGUUCCUCACUCUGAAUCUGAGAUUCAAUUUUGUGAGACUCGUGUUGAAGGUCCUGUUGUGGUUGAUCAAGGUAAUGUGCAUGAAGUUGGUACCCCGGAGCCCGCAAAGUUUGAAUCAUUGAUCUCUCCUUCCCCACUUGUAUCUUGGCGUGCUACUGGCUGUGUAGAAGAGAGAGGUAAACAACUUUUUUUCCUUACUCCUCUGCUGAGGCCAAAAUCAACAACUUCCAAAGCUCAUGCUUCAACCAAGCUAACUGUUUGUGAAGGGAUCUCCUCGAGUGUAACUGCUGCCAUUUUUUCCUCACCUUGUGAUAAUGAAAAAUCUAAAAAGGAAAAGAUCGAACUUGUUUCUGAAAAUUCAGAGAGCAUUUCAGGUAUGAGAAUUGUGUCUGCUCAGGAAAUUCCGGUUGGUGACUUAUCUACAAGUUUGAUUACCCCCUGCCCCAAAAACCCACCUGUAAGAGCUUACGUAGAGCCUGGUCAUGAUCUGACCUACAGAAAAAUUGCGAAAUCCCAUAAAUCAACACCAUUUCCAACUGGAAACCAAAAAAUAUUCGAGUCAACAGAUUCUGAAGGCUCCAGUGAUGAAGAUCAAGAGAAGUUGGGCAAUAGGUACCUUGAGCUUAUUGGAAUAAAACCCUCCUGUAAGUCAACAUAUGGAAAUAGAGCUCUAGAUGCUUCACCAGCAUGGAUAACGUCGCCACCUAAAUGUUGUACAUUGCUGGAACCACUUGAUAAAAAACAACCAAAGGAUCAUGCUAGCUUGCAAGAAGUAGCUACUACUUUCAAUCAGAAAUUAUGUCUUGAUCCCAAGGAAAGCAGAACUAAUGCUCAUAAUCAAGAUGAAGAAAACAAGAAUUUUUGCUUAAAAGGGAACACAAGGAGCAACUUUGCAACAGUAGAAAGCACUCCUUUGUGGAAGGGGUCUGAAAGCACAAUUUACAGAGGCAAGCGUCCAGGUGAAAACACGUUAAAGAAGGAGCUGUGGACGAGGUUUGAAGCUGCAUCAACAAAUGGUCUAAACUUCCCUGUCUCAAAUGAUACUUCUCACAAAGGAUUUAUGGAAAUGUUGGAGGAGGCAUCCUGUGAAGAGUCGAAUGUGCAUCGUGAUGCAUUUAGGUGACUCGCAAUUAGCUGAAAGGAAAUUGGAGUUGUAAAUGGUGGUUUUUAGCUUUUGUAUUUCAAUGUCUAAAGCCACCAAAAAGUGUAAUCUUUAUAUCUAACACUUAAAAAUAAGCACUAUUUCUUUUAUAUGCAUGUUAA